UAUAAAAAUCAAGCACCUAGGCAUGCAGACUGCUUCUACAAACAUUUGUGAAAGAAUGGGUCGCUCUCAGGAGCUCAGUGAUUUCAAGUGUGGUACUGUGAUAGGUUGCCGCCUGUGCAAUAAGUCCAUCCGUGAAAUUUCCUUCCUACUAAAUAUUCCAUGGUCACUGUUAGUGGUAUUAUAACAAAGUGGAAGCAACUGGGAACAACAGCAACUCAGCCACGAAGUGGUAGGCCACGUAAAAUGACAGAGCGGGGUCAGCACAUGCUAAAGAGCACAGUGCACAGAAGUCACCAACUGUCUGCAGAGUCAAUAG